GCAGACGAGCUGGCUCAGACCUUAACCAGAGUUCUCGCCGGCUCCUUGUAGCCGCCGGAGCGCCUCGGCGAGGGAGGACGUGCGGGCUAAAGCCUCCGCUGGAAGAGACGCGACCCGCGUGGGACUGGCGGAGUACCAGCGGGAGGCUGAGGCUGCGAACGCCACGGAAGCCAUAAAGACGGCUGCUGCACCACCGGCCGUCCCGGAACGCACGCGGCCUCCAGGGCUGCGUGACCAAGGACCGCGCCCCGGGGAGGCCUCCCGGGAGCGGGCUUCCCAGUCCCGCAGUUCAGCGUCCCGUGGCCCGCUCGCGCCGCCAGCCCGCCAGCUCUUCCGGGAGCCUGGGGCAUGAACGGCUACGGCUCCCCCUAUCUGUACAUGGGCGGCCCGGUGUCGCAGCCGCCGCGGGCGCCCCUGCAACGCACGCCCAAGUGCGCGCGCUGCCGCAACCACGGUGUGCUGUCUUGGCUGAAGGGCCACAAGCGCUACUGCCGCUUCAAGGACUGCACCUGUGAGAAGUGCAUCCUCAUCAUCGAGCGUCAGCGAGUCAUGGCGGCGCAGGUGGCGCUGCGCCGGCAGCAGGCCAACGAGAGCCUGGAGAGUCUCAUCCCCGACUCUCUGCGCGCCCUGCCGGGACCCCCGCCGUCGGGGGACGCCGCCGCCGCCCCGCAGCAGCCCCAGACCUCGCAGCCAUCUCAGCCGCCGCCGCCGCGCCCCGCCGCCGAGUUGGCUGCCGCCGCCGCGCUACGCUGGGCCGCCGAGCCCCAGCCCGGGGCGCUGCAGGCACCGCUCGCCAAGCCAGAUUUGACUGAAGAGCGACUUGGGGACAGCAGCACGGCAGACAACACAGAGGCCCUCAGUGACAAAGAUGCUGACCAGAGGAGCUCCCCGGAUGUGGCAAAAAGGAAGGGCUGCUUCACCCCCGAGAGCCCCGAGAUAGUGUCAGUGGAUGAAGGGGGCUAUGCGAUCCAGAAAAACGGAGGCAACUCCGAGAGCCGCCCUGACAGUCCCAAGUACCACGGGGAACAGAAUCAUCUCCUAAUCGAGGGCCCCUCGGGGACCGUGUCUCUGCCCUUCAGCUUGAAAGCGAACAGACCCCCUCUGGAAGUGUUAAAAAAAAUAUUCCCCACCCAGAAGCCCACGGUGCUCGAGCUGAUCCUGAAGGGCUGUGGCGGGGACCUGGUGAGCGCCGUGGAGGUCCUGCUCUCCAGCCGCUCCUCCGUCUCCGCAGCGGACCGAACUUCAGCAGAGCCCGAGAGUCUGGUGUUACCUUCCAAUGGGCACAUCUUCGAACACACCUUGAGCUCCUACCCCAUCUCCUCCUCCAAGUGGUCGGUGGGGUCGGCCUUCAGAGUCCCAGACACACUGCGGUUUUCCACCGACUCUAGUAACGUUGUCCCCAACCCCUUGGCGGUGCCCCUGCAGCACCCUUUCCCCCAGCCACCCAGGUACCCUCUGAUGCUGAGGAAUACUUUGGCGAGAAACCAGUCGAGCCCCUUUUUGCCGAACGAUGUCACCCUGUGGAACACCAUGACGCUGCAGCAGCAGUACCAGCUGAGGUCCCAGUACGUCAGCCCUUUCCCCAGUAACUCUACCAGUGUCUUCAGAAGCUCACCUGUCCUCCCCACUCGCACCCCGGAAGACCCUCGGAUCUCCAUCCCUGAAGAUGGGUGUCCGAUUGUGUCAAAGCAGUCCAUUUACACCGAGGAUGACUUUGAUGAGAGAUCCGACUCCUCAGACUCCAGGAUACUCAACACGUCCUCUUAAAGUGGAACCAGAUGGGAGUUGACCAGGUGACAUUCUCUGUGCAUCUGAACCCUGGGGUCCCCCCUGAGGAGAGGCCACAUCCUAUGUAUACCCUUUCCUUCUGUUUGACAAAGUGACUGUGCUUGAUUCUAUACCUUAGCAAUAAAAACAUAACUUAUUUAAUUUCUUGCACUUCAUUGGAAAAUGCCAAAUAGCUCUGCUCUGUGGCUUUAGUGCUGAAUGUUUAUUGUAAAAGAGAGUCUAAUGCUAAGAAUAGUCUUGGGAAAGCUGGGUCCACAGAAGAUUUAUCUGGGGAUGUAAAACUGGAGGUCAGCCUUGCUUCUAAACUCAACCUGGAAUGUUCAAUAAAAUAGUAUACUUGAAUGCGAUUUUGUAAAAGAGGAUUCCUUGGGAUAUGUGAAACUUAAAGGAAGUGGUUCGAUUUCAAAUGGACUAUAAACAGGGACAUUAUAUUCUUAUGCUGAAAAUCCUUCUUGCAUUUUAAAGAGAGACUGCACUUAAGACUAGAGUGAACUGCUCACAUGCUUAUUUUAAGCUUGGACAGUUUUCAGAGACAAACUCCAUUAAGAAUUAUUCUUUUCACAUGGCUGAAUCGAAACAUGUGUAAUGUCAAUGUAAAACCAAUCACAGCUGUGAACUGCAUGAAAUGUAUUGUGAAAUGAACACAAGAUUAAGCUUUGUCAGGUUAAUGUAGCAUGCUAAGGACUCUAGAAAAAAAAAUAAACUAAGGAGAUGA